AUGUCGUCCGGAAAAGUAAAGACUGGCCAACUUUGGUCCAAGAACAAGGCGGACCUCGCAAAGCAACUUGGAGAGUUGAAGACUGAGCUCGGUCAAUUGAGAACUCAGAAGAUUGCUGGAGGAUCUGCUGCUAAGCUCACCAAGAUCCACGACGUCCGAAAGUCAAUUGCCAAGGUCCUCACAGUCAUUAACGCCAACCAACGCGCACAACUCCGUCUCUUCUACAAGGGAAAGAAGUACCUUCCUCUCGAUCUCCGAGCCAAGCAAACUCGUGCCAUCCGUAGACGUCUCAGCAAGCACGAGAAGGAGUUGCAGUUGGAGAAGACCAAGAAGAGAUCGAUGCACUUCCCACAAAGAAAGUUCGCUGUUAAGGCGGAGGCUUAGAUUUUCUGGACGUAGGUGUUUAUGAUUGUGAGGAUGGCUGGCAUGGUGCCUUUUGCCUGGUUUGUUUUCGCACGGGUCACGGUGUAUCAUCGAAAAUAGCAUGGCUAGUAAAAAAGCCUUUUCCAAUAAAUCAAACGACUUGAGCAAAACAACAAAUGGGUCCUUUGGAUUUGGUGUGAUAUUUUGUGCGAGCGGUUACGCAUGGUUCCGAAAUCGAAGGAGGGGUUCGAGACUUCUAUGGCCAUUAUACCCAGGAACUUGCGAAUGUCGAUAUUGGGGAGAGCUAUGAACGAUUGCAGCAGUGAUCUCGAACAAGCUGUUAUAUUUCACAAUAUGCUGUGGCUCGUGCUUGAAAUUUUGGUCCUGGUUGGCACAUUCUACCGCUACCUGAAGAUCCCCAUGAAGAAGCCAAUGGACACGAUUAUGCCAUUCUAUGUUGAUUUUCCCUUGUACCAUUUGCCAGAUUAUGUCGUCAUAAUGAAACCGAUUUCAUUUCAUUUUUACCCUUGCACUCAACUCCAGCAUCUGCCUAUUGAUUCCAACCA